AUGUUUUAAGAUAAAGCCCCCUUUAGCAGUACAGGAAUUAGCAAUGCCGUUAAUCCACAGAAGCCAUUCCAAAAUUCCAGGACUCCUGGCAAGUCAAGUUUUGGAAAUUAUGAAGGAUAGAAUAUAAAAACUAUUCCAGGAUUAGCAAAUGGACAAAGCAUACCUUAAAGCAACACAGCUAAUGCUUUUAAGAAGCUUUUCAUUCAUAACAUUGACUUCAGAGUUACAAAUGAAGAACUUUAUCAGUUGUUUAAAGAGUAUGGGAAAGUAUACAGUUUAGAAGUUCCAAGAGAUAGAGAAGGAAAGCACAGAGGACUUGGAUUUGUAGAAUAUUACUAGCAUGAUGAAGCAUAAAGAGCUCUUGACUAAGCGAAUGGAAGAUAUCUUCAUUAAAGAGAAAUUAGAUUGGAUGUAAUUUUUAUUCAAUUUAACACUUCCUAGAUAUUUAGAGAAAAGCAUGAGUUAGACUAGAAGAGAAAAUUUACUAGAUCUAGGUCGAGAUCUCCUUAAAAGUAUUUACAAUAAGCCUAAGGAACUGGCUACAUACCUCCUCAUCGAAGAUAUGUUAAUAGCAACAACGGGAACAGCCAGUACCCUAGCCAUUUAUAAGAUCAACGAUUAAAUAGUCAUAUUUAAUAUCAAAAUUAUCCAACCAACAGACCUUCAGGAAUAAGCUAAUAUAGUUAACCUAUUUAAGGUAUGCAUGCUCAUCAAGUAGGUGCAGGCUAAAUAGAGGCUGGAUAAAUUUACGAUUAAACUCAAUAAUAUAUCAGAUAUCCUAAAGAGUUUGUUGAUAGAAUCCCAGAAAACGAUUUAAUUAGAAUCAACUAGAAAAAGCUUCUUAAGAAGAUAAAAAUCUAAUAAAUUCGAGGUAAAGUAAAUCAAUUCUUACAUUAUUAAUUCAAUAGGCUGUAAUAAAGUGUUAGAAAUUAAAAGCAGAAUAAGAUAGAUGAUAAUAACGAGCAAUAUGACACUGAGACUGAUGUUGAACCAUCUCAGUAAAGCACAAGAGAAGGUCUCGAUAAACACAGCAAUCAUCAAAAUUAAUAAGAAUAUUUAGCAAGAUACCAUUAAAAAUCAAAUCAUAUAAAUGGGAAUCGAUAAAGUGAUGACUCCUUUGCGGAUCCUACUGAAAAUUAGUUGGCAAAUAAUAAUGAAGAAAAGAAUGGGAAAAAGGAUAUAAAUAAAGACAUGCAAAAAGAUCAAUCAACUGAUUCUCCGUCAAAUAGUAAAAACUAGCCACUGCAUGACAGUCUUGAGAAAGAUAUGGCUGAUCCUCUUUCUAAAAGGUUGUAAAAUGAUCAGGGUAUCUUAAAUCAUUCUGAUGAUGAAAAAAGACAUUAUCAAUAGCAAGAUUAGAAUUAGCAAUACAAACAUCGUGAUUACUAUAGAGAUUAUGAUCGAUCUAACAGAUAAUAUUAAAAUUAGGAUUAUGAUAAUCGAUAAGCUAGAUAUUAUGAUGGAUAGAAUCAUCGACAGAGAUAUGAUGAUAAUUACCAUACGCGCAGAUUAAUAAUUUAAAAUGAUGAUUAUCAGAUGAGAGAUUCUAGAUAUAGAUAAGUUAAUGGUUAAAAUUAAGUCAAAGACUUUAAAAAUUUCUCCCUUGAUUAGGAUUAUUAGUAUUCGAGAGAUAAUUACCAGCACAAGGAUUAUGACAUUUCUCCACUUAGAUAAAAUGAGUAAAUUGAAAAUUAUAGAAAAGUCCCGAUCUCUGAAAAGGAAAUUGAAGAUAGAAUACAAUAGAUUUCUAGAGAAGCAGGCUUAGAUUAAUUUCCAGAUAAAGAUUGGUCAUUUUACAAAAAAGAACAUUUGAGAAAUAGACCUAAACCAAAUCCUAAUCGUAUAAGCUAUGGAGAUUUACUAUAAUAACAAAACAGAGGUUUUGGAUAUGUUCCUUGUCAUAAUAGAGAUAGCUUUAGUCAAUUGCAAUAAAGAAGAUUUUAGGAGGAUGAUUAUUUUGAAAAUAGAAACUAAGCCAUUCCAUCUAAUAAUUAUUAAAGUGAUAGGCGAUAAAAAAAUCAGAAUGAAGGGUUUUAUGAUGGUGAUGAGAAGGAAUCUAAAGCAUUUGGUCCUAGAUUUUGA